AAAGACUGAACAAAUUGGAGAAAAGGCAGAAUAUCUGAACAAGAGUGUGGAGAAGUAUAUGUGGGGAAGGAAUCAGAGAAGGGUGUGGGAAGCUAAAGAGAUGUCAGAUUUGUUAAGCAGAGGGAGUGGAGAAGGAGCACACAUACUGCAGAUAUUUGAUGAUGAGUCUCGAGCAAUGAACUCUUAG